AUGACAGUCAAAGAGCAGAUAGUAUUUACUUCCACGGACGCGGAGAACGCAGGAGCCUCAGAUUCUGCUGAGGAGCUUGAAGUCUUCAAGAAGACUACGGAAGGUUUUAGCUUUCGCGAUGUGGGCUGGUUCAAAGCGUGCAUUCUGUUCGUGAAAGUUCUCUUCGCGACAGGCGUGCUGUCGCUGCCUUCGGCGCUGCUCUCGCUCGGUGUUGUUGGGGGUGCGAUCAGUAUCGUCGCCUGGGGCGCAUUCAAUACGUAUGCCUUUGUGGUACUGGGCAACUUUCGCUUGCGUCGCCCUCACUGUCACUCUAUUGCGGAUAUGGCGGAGGUGGUUGGCGGCGUUAUUGGGAAAGAAACUACCGGCCUUUUAUUCAUCAUCGGCUAUGUUCUCGUCACAGGUAGUGGAAUCGUCGGGGUGUCUACAGCAUUGAACGCCCUCUCGCACCAUACAGCUUGCACAGUCUGGUGGUCAUUUGUGGCGAUGAUAGUAGUAAUUGCGACGGCCUCAGUCCGUAGGCUCACCUAUAUUGGUUGGCUUACUUAUGCAGGCUUUAUUUCUAUCUACGCUGCGGUGUUGAUUGUGGUCAUAGGUGUUACUACACGAGAUCGACCGGCUGCUGCUCCCCAGAGCGGCCCCUACGACCUUGGUUAUGUGGCUAUCAACAAUCCAGGUUUCGCAUCUGCGAUGGUUACCUCUAGCACUAUUUUCGUCUCUUCCGCUGGUACGAGCGCCUUUCUCCCUAUUAUCUCAGAGAUGCGAAUCCCGAGAGACUAUAAGAAGGCACUAUACCCUUGCAUAGUGCUAGUCACCGCAUCGUAUCUUGCCUUCAGCCUAGUUGUCUAUCGUUGGUGUGGACAAUGGGUGGCUAGCCCGUCAUUGGGGAGCGCUGGUCAAACAAUCAAGAUAGUAUCCUAUAGUGUUGGUUUGCUAGGACUGGUCGUCAGCGCCAAGCUCUACCUUCAUAUUGGCGCUAAAUACCUCUUUGUAAGGAUUUUGGGCAAGACACGUCAUUUGCAGGCAAACUCAGCAGUCUAUUGGGGGACCUGGCUUGCCUGUACCGUUGUUCUAGGCGCAAUCUCUUUCCUCCUCGCUGAGGCUAUUCCUAUCUUCAACUAUCUGAUUGCUUUGGUGGGAUCUGUAUGCUUUGCUCCCCUUGCUAUAUCUCUUCCCGGAUUACUUUGGCUAUACGACCAUGGCCACUACUUGAAAGGCUCUCUUGCGCAAAAGGUCAAGUUUUUCUUUCAUAUUGGAAUGGUCCUUCUCGGUAUAUUUUUUCUCGUUGGUGCCACCUAUUGCGUCAUUUUACUUAUCAAGGCGGCCUACGCCAGUGGAACCAUUGGUGGGGUAUUCUCCUGUGCCGACUACUCGAAUUCCUCCUGA